CUUAGAGUUAGUGAGAGUCAGCAGAGCUGCAGAGUGUCUGUGUUUCUGUCUGAGGGAAUAUUAAACUGAAUUCAUCAGGUCUCUCUCCACAGCAGAUUCAGAACCAGACUGUCAACAUGUCUGCUGCCAGCAGUCUGCUGACUGAAGAUCGGUUUCUGUGCUCCAUCUGUCUGGAUGUGUUCACUGAUCCUGUCAGCACACCAUGUGGACACAACUUCUGCAAAACCUGCCUCAUUAAAAACUGGAGUAUUAAUUACAGGUGUCGAUGUCCCAUGUGUAAAGAGGUUUUUACCACAAAGCCUGACUUGAAGGUCAACACUUUGCUCUCUGAGAUGGUUUCUCAGUUCAGACAGUCAGCUCAACAGAAAGCCAGCAGCAGCAGCUCAGAGCAACAAGUGUCCAAACCAGGAGAAGUUCCCUGUGACGUCUGCACUGGAACCAGACUGAAGGCCCUGAAGUCCUGCCUGGUGUGUCUGGUCUCCUACUGUCAGACUCACCUGGAGCCUCAUCUCACAGCUUCAGGUCUGAAAAGACAUCAGCUGAUCGACCCUGUGGAGAACCUGGAGGACAGGAUGUGUCUUGAACAUGAUAAACCUCUGGAGCUGUUCUGUAGGACCGACCAGAUGUGUGUCUGCACACACUGUCCUGCUUUAGACCACAAGAUGCAUGAAGUUGUUCCUCUGAAGGGCGAAUCUGAAGAAAAGAAGGCAGAACUGGGAAAGACAGAGGUUGAAGUUCAUCAGAUGAUCCAGAAGAGACGACUGAAGAUUCAGGAGAUCAAACAGUCAAUAAAGCUCAGCAAGGAAAAUGCACACAUGGAGGUAGCAGAAGGUGUUCGCGUCUUUACUUCUCUGAAGGAGUCUGUUGAGAGAGGCCUGAAUGAGCUCAUUGAUGGAAUACAGAAGAGCCAAAGAACAACACAGAAACAGGCUGACAUCUUCAUCAAAGAGCUGGAACAAGAAAUCUUUGAGUUGAAGAAGAGAGGAAGUGAGCUGGAGCAGCUCUCACAGUCUGAAGACCACGUUCAUCUUCUACAAAGCUUCCCAUCCCUGAAGGAUGUCCCACCCACCAAGGACUGGACGGAGGUCAGCACCCGUCCUUCGUCAUAUGAGGGGACUGUGGUGAGAGCUUUGGUUCAGCUGGAGGAAACACUCAGUAACAAGAUGAAGAAGCUGUAUGCUGAGUCCAAGCUGAGGAGGGUCCAGCAGUAUGCAGUGGAUGUGACUCUUGAUGCUGAUACAGCACAUCCUGAGCUCCUCCUGUCUGAUGACGGGAAAACAGUCAGUCAUGGUAACAGGAAGAAGAAUCUCCCAGACAACCCAGACAGAUUUUCUCAUUAUAAUUUUGUUUUAGGAAGUCAGAGUUUCUCUUCAGGCAGGUUUUACUUUGAGGUUCAGGUUAGAAGAAAGACUAAAUGGAAUCUAGGAGUGGCCAGAGAGUCGAUCAACAGGAAGGGAGAAGUCAAAAUGAGUCCUGACGAGGGUUACUGGAGUCUGUGGCUGAGAAACGGACAUGAGUACAGAGCUCUUGCUGACCCUUCAGUCAGUCUGUCUCUGGCCUCUCGGCCUCAGAAGGUGGGGGUGUUUGUGGAUUAUGAGGAGGGUCUGGUCUCCUUUUAUGACGUAGAUGCUGCAGCUCUGAUCUUCUCCUUUACUGGCUGCUGCUUCACUGAGAAACUCCUCCCAUUCUUCAGUCCGGGCAGGAACGAUGGUGGUAGAAACUCUGCUCCUCUGAUCAUCUCACCUGUCAGUCAAACUAUCUGACAUUUUUAUGACCAGCAAUUUAUUGAACUAUGAAGCGCUGCCAACAACAGAUCAGACAGAGUAUUCGUAUGUUGAUACAGUAACAGCAGACAAUCCUGAUGAAACCAAACGAUGAUGAGGUGAUUAUUUUAUUGUUAUUCUUCGUAGCGUUCGUACACCGCAAAGCUGUUUUCAUCUGAAUCUGAUUAAUCUUUCUAUGUGAUUGUGUCUCAGUGUGUUGUACAGCUUCAGGGUUAGAACCUGUACAGAAAAAGUUCAGUAUUCUGCAGUAGAAGCAAAGUGGUGAGACAAAUCUUAAAAGACGGGGAUUUAUAAACCGAGCAGAUUGAAGUGGCUUUGGAGCUGCUGUGAUACAUCAGACUAAGCCUUUAGAUGCAGCUUCUGUUGCUUUCAUGAGUAAUUAUUAUGACAUACUGAAUCACUGUGUUGACAAAGGUGUUCGUUAUGAUGACUUUCAGGGUCUUUUUUCAUCACAUGGAAGCUUCUAUACUCUAAAAAAAUCUGUAUGUUCUCAAAAUGCCUUAGUAUCUCAAAUAAUGACUUAACUCAAAAUAAUGAGUUGCUGUUGCACAAUGAUGAGAGACUUUCUCAUACUGAUGAUUUAUGAUUUCUGAAUAAUGAUUUUCUGAUUGAAACAAUGACUCAACAUCUGUUUUAUUCAUAACAUUGGUGAAAAUUAACUUGGAUGAGAACCAUGGAUGAGAUUGUGCUGUCACUGUUCUUUAUUUCCAGUUUAAGAUCUUACUUUUUGGGCAAGACAAUGUUGCUUAAAAUCAUUUUUAAAUCUGCAUAAAUUAUAUUUCAGCUAUUAUAGUAAUUCACCUUUUGACCUUUGUGUCUUUGACUUGUUCCUCUGUCAUGAUUUUAUUUUUGAUGGUUUAUAAAAAGCACUUUGGGUGGCAGUUCGGCCUGUGUUUGACUGCCCUGGUCAUCAGAUAACAUUGAGUCUCUGCAUCAUUCCUCAGACAAAACAAAUGUUCAUAUAUACUGAAUGUAUAUGAGCUACUGUAAAGGGAAUAAAACAUACCUUGUGCUAAAUUAAA